AUGGCUGUCUUAGUUACUGGUGCUUCAGGUUUCAUUGCUUUACAUGUAAUUAACUUAUUGCUAUCGCAGAAUUAUAAAGUUAUCGGAACAGUUAGAUCGCAAGAUAAAGUUGAUAAGAUAAUUAAACAAUUUAAUAAUCCAAAUUUAUCAUUCGAACUUGUCACUGACAUAACCAAACUAGAUGCAUUUGACGAAACGUUAAAGAAACAUAGCAACGAAAUCGACUAUGUCAUACAUAUGGCUUCUCCAUUGCCUGACGAAGGCAACACUGAUUUUGAAAACCAUUACUUGUUACCAGCAGUCAAUGGUACAAAAAGUGUAUUAAGUGCUAUUAAAAAGUUUGCUCCAAAAGGCGUCAAACAUGUUGUGAUGACAUCAUCUAUUGUUGCAAUGUUAAAUGUCAACGACGACUCAGCAAUCACGACAGAGAAAGAUUGGAAUCCAAUAACAUGGGAACAGGCAAAGACUAGUUCUUUUCUGUGCUACUUUGGAUCGAAGACAUAUUCUGAAAAGGCUGCUUGGGAUUUCUUAAAGGAAAACAAAGAUGAGGUUGAUUUCAAAUUCACUACCGUGAAUCCAGUUAUGGUAUUUGGAAGACAAAUGUUUGACGAAGAUGUUAAAGAUACAUUAAAUGUUUCUUGUGAAUAUGUCAAUAAAAUUUUGUACCUUCCACCAACUGAAAAACUGUCUCAAGACUAUGCAAUGAGUUACGUUCAUGUUGAUGAUGUGGCUCUGGCACAUGUUAUGGCUAUGCGGGAGGACAGACUUGAUGGUGAAAGAUUGUUAUUGUCUGCAGGGACCUAUAGUGACCAACUGGUUGCCAAUUCGAUUAACAAACAGUUCCCACAAGUGAAAGGUACAAUUCCUGCAGCAAUUGAAAAUUGUGACAAACUUAUGAUUCGUUAUGAUUCAAUAGCAACACAAAAACAAUUAGGUAUUGAAUGGAAGAGUUUUGAUGUCGCCGUUUAUGAUAUUGCUCAUCAAGCUUUAAAGAGACUAGGCAAGUUAUGA